UUUUUCCGAAGGGAAUUGAAGAAUGGCUUACUCGAUCUCGUCUUUCUCUAUAUAAGAAGCCUCUUAUCUCUUAUCUUUUCUUCCUUCUUUCUUCCUACUUCUGCUUUCUUUUCUCUCUCUUCUCUCUCUUCUCUCUCUUCCUUCCCCAUACAUUCGCUUCUCUCUCUCUCUCUUCGCGUCUCAGCGUUAGCUUCCUUACCCCUUCUUCUUCUUCUUCUUCUUCUUCUUUCUCCCCCUACCCUCCUCCCCAUGCAAUCCUCUCCCCCCUCCAUCGCGGUCGUCGCCUCGUCCCGCGCCGUCGUCGCCGGUCGUUUGACCUCGGCUACCAUCGUCCUCUCUCGCGCCACCGGGAAGAUCACCGCCGUCCUCGACUCGGUCAUCCCCGCCGAGGAGUUCCCUCCCGGUACUCCCUACACCGACUAUUCCCCGCACGUCCUGCUCCCCGGCCUCGUCGACGCUCAUGUUCACCUCAACGAGCCUGGCCGCACCGAGUGGGAGGGCUUCUAUACCGGCACCCAGGCUGCGGCCUUUGGCGGUGUCACCACCGUCAUCGACAUGCCCUUGAAUGCCAUCCCUCCCACCACCACCGUCGCCAACUUCAAGGAGAAGCUGCGUGCCGCGGACGGCCAGUGCUGGGUCGACGUCGGCUUCUAUGGCGGCAUCAUCCCCGGCAACGCCGGGGAUCUCCAACCCCUCGUCAACGAGGGGGUCCGAGGUUUCAAGGGUUUCUUGAUCGACAGUGGGGUUGACGAAUUCCCCGCCGUCUCGUCGGAGGAUAUCCGCAAAGCCAUGGCCGCCCUCGCUGAUGAACCCACCACCUUGAUGUUCCACGCCGAGAUGGAACCCCCCAACACCCCCGCUUCCGGGACCGACCCCGCCCCCGCCCUGGACGGCCCCCCCGAGGCCUACUCCACCUUCCUGGCCUCCCGUCCCUCCUCCUAUGAGACCGCCGCCGUUGAGGAGAUCCUCGCCCUGGCUCCCCUCGCCCCCAAGCUCCCCCUGCACAUCGUUCACCUGUCCGCCAUGGAGGCCAUCCCGCUCUUGCGCCGGGCCCGCGCCGAAGGCAUCGCCAUCACCGCCGAAACCUGCUUCCACUACCUCUCCCUGGCCGCCGAGGAGAUCCGUGACGGCGACACCCGCCACAAGUGCUGCCCGCCCAUCCGCACCCAGUCCAACCAGGACGCUCUCUGGGCCGAACUGGAACGCCACGCCGACACCGGCGUCAUCAAGACCGUCGUCUCGGACCACUCCCCUUGCACCCCGGACCUCAAACGCCUGCCGGCCCACAUCCCCGGCCACCUCGCCGAGGAGAAGGAUAUGGGCAGCUUCGCCGCCGCCUGGGGCGGCAUCUCCUCGGUGGGCCUGGGCCUCCCCAUCAUGUGGACCGAACUCAGCCAGCGCAAGGGCCUGACCGCCGCCGCGGACGACAUCCAGACCAAGAAGGCCCUCCAGGACGUGGUGCGCCUCUGCUGCGCCAACACGGCGGCGCAGGUCGGUCUCGACCGCCAGAAGGGCGACCUGGUGCCCGGCUUCGACGCCGACAUCUGCGUCUUCGACGACAGUGCCGAGUGGGUCGUCGAGCCGAACACGAUGCUCUUCCGCAACAAGUGUUCCCCCUAUCAGGGGCGUCGACUCCGCGGCAUGGUGCGCGAGACGUGGCUGCGGGGGGAGAAGAUCUUCAGCCGCGAGGGCGGGUUCAGCCGUAAGACGCCGACGGGCCAUUUGCUGCUGGAGAAGCGCAGUUAAUCUCUCUCUCUUUCUCUCCCUUUCUCUUUUCCUCUUUCUUUCUUCCUCUCGAUCCACCGAUCGAGACUAUUGACGAUGGACAGUCAUGAUCCACCGACAAAAGAAAAACGCAAAAACCGUUUAAUCGGAUAUGACGAUUGAUGAUCUACCGACGACUUCAUUUGAGCCCACUUGGUUUCUUGAUCUUGGGUAUGCACCUGCCUCUAUCCCAGUGCAUUAACGUUACAGCAUUAGAUUUGCAUUUUCGUAUUAGCAUCGUUAGAGUCGUCUAUUAUAUAAUAAAGAAGUCAAUUUGUG